GAAUAUAAGGGGAAUUACUGGCGAAAGAGCUCUAGUCCAAUUUAAGCCUAAACCCUUUGCUUUCCCAAGAUCAGAAAAUAUUACAGUUAACAGGAACCAGUUCUCCAUUUCAUUCAGACGAGAGUCCAAACUUUGACUUUGUAAACCUCAGAAGGACUGGAGACUGGCAUUGAGAGGAGGUAUUCGCCAGCGGUUUUUUUCUUUUUAAAAGUGUACUCGAACAAGAGGAAAUCUGAAAGAGAGAAAAAAAAUGACAGGGGCAAAGAGGAAAAAGAAAAGCGUGCCCUGGAGCAAGAUGCAUGUCCCACAUUGUGAAGACAUUAAGACGUGGUGGAGAAGGAGGAUACCUAUUUUGGAAUGGGCGCAGCAUUACGAUCUGAAAGAAAACUUGCUCCCAGACACUGUGUCUGGAAUAAUGCUGGCAGUUCAACAGGUGACCCAAGGAUUGGCCUUUGCUGUCCUCUCAUCUGUGCACCCCGUGUUCGGUUUAUAUGGGUCUCUGUUUCCUGCCAUCAUUUAUGCCAUAUUUGGAAUGGGACGUCAUGUUGCCACAGGCACGUUUGCUUUAACAUCCUUAAUAUCAGCCAAUGCAGUGGAACGACUUGUCCCUCAGAGCAGUCAGAACCUGACCACAGAGAGUAACAACAGUGUGCUGGGCUUAUCUGAAUUUGAGAUGCAAAGGAUUGGUGUAGCUGCUGCAGUUUCCUUCUUGGGAGGAGUGAUUCAGCUGGCCAUGUUUGUUCUACAACUGGGUAGUGCCACCUUCCUGGUCACAGAACCUGUCAUCAGUGCCAUGACAACUGGGGCUGCGACUCAUGUUGUGACAUCUCAAGUCAAGUAUCUUUUGGGAAUGAAAAUGCCAUAUAUAUCUGGACCCCUGGGAUUCUUUUACAUUUAUGCGUAUGUCUUUGAAAACAUCAAGUCUGUCCGACUGGAAGCACUGCUCUUAUCCCUGCUGAGCAUUGUGGUGCUUGUUCUCGUUAAGGAGCUGAAUGAACAGUUUAAGAGGAAAAUUAAAGUUGUCCUUCCUGUCGACUUAGUUUUGAUUGUUGCUGCAUCAUUUGCUUGCUAUUGUACCAAUAUGGAGCACACCUAUGGAUUAGCAGUAGUUGGUCAUAUUCCAAAAGGAAUCCCUCCCCCUAAAGCUCCCCCCAUGAACAUCCUCUCUGCUGUAAUCACUGAAGCUUUUGGAGUGGCGCUCGUAGGCUAUGUGGCCUCACUUGCUCUUGCUCAAGGAUCUGCCAAGAAAUUCAAGUACUCAGUGGAUGACAACCAGGAAUUUUUGGCACACGGCCUCAGCAACGUGAUCUCUUCGUUUUUCUUCUGCAUACCAAGUGCUGCGGCCAUGGGAAGGACUGCUGGCCUCUACAGCACAGGAGCAAGGACACAGGUGGCUUGUUUAAUAUCUUGCGUUUUCGUCCUAAUAGUAAUCUAUGCGGUAGGACCUUUGUUUUACUGGCUGCCUACGUGUGUUCUUGCAAGUAUUAUUGUUGUAGGACUGAAAGGAAUGCUAAUACAGUUCCGGGAUUUAAAAAAGUAUUGGAAUGUGGAUAAAAUUGAUUGGGGGAUAUGGAUCAGUACAUAUAUAUUUACAAUCUGUUUUGCUGCCAAUGUGGGACUAUUGUUCGGAGUUGUUUGUACCAUAGCUAUAGUAAUUGGACGCUUCCCAAGAGCAAAGACUGUGAAUAUAAAAAACAUGAAAGAAAUGGAAUUUAAAAUAAAAACAGAAAUGGAAGGUGAGACCUUGCAGCAGGUGAAAAUUAUCUCAGUAAACAACCCACUUGUUUUUCUGAAUGCAAAGAAGUUUCAUACAGAUCUAAUGAAUUUCAUCCAGAAGGAAAAUACCAGCAACCAACCACUUGAUGAUAUCAACAAGUGUGAACAGAACAUGCUGCUAAAUUCUCUAACCAAUGGCAACUGCAAUGACGAACCAGCACAGCCCUGCCAGAAUGAGAAGUGUUCUUUAAUCUUGGACUGCAGUGGGCUGACCUUUUUUGACUACUCUGGAGUCUCCAUACUUGUAGAGGUCUACAUGGACUGUAAGAAUAGGAGUGUGGAUGUAGCAUUAGCCAAUUGCACAGCUUCCUUGGUAAAAGCAAUGCAGUACUGUGGAAAUCUAGACCUAGAGAAACCCAUAUUUUUUGAAUCAGUAUCUGCUGCAAUAAGUACAAUACAUUCAAGUAAGAAUAUCAGCAAACUCAGUGACCACAGCGAAGUCUGA